AUGGCUCGUCAAGACCACCACAGUUCAUCAUUUGAGCAGAGUUACCGCUGCUACCCUGUCUCUUUCAUUGAUAAGGCACAUCUGGAAAAGGGGGAUAAGAUUAUUAUGCCUCCCUCUGCUCUUGAUCGCCUUGCAACCUUGCACAUUGACUAUCCAAUGCUCUUUGAGCUCUGUAAUCCUUCUGCUGGGCGAACUAGUCAUUGUGGGGUUCUAGAAUUUAUUGCAGAUGAGGGCAUGAUAUAUUUGCCCUAUUGGAUGAUGGAAAACAUGCUGUUACAAGAGGGGGACAUUGUGCAAUUAAGAAAUACCAGCCUGGCAAAGGGAACUUUUGUGAAGCUGCAGCCCCAUACCAAGGACUUCUUAGAUAUCUCUAAUCCCAAAGCAAUCUUGGAAACUUCACUGAGGAACUACUCUUGUUUGACCACUGGAGAUACAAUAAUGGUUGCUUAUAACAACAAGAAGUACUACAUUGAUAUAGUCGAAGCAAAACCCUCUUCUGCAAUUAGUAUCAUUGAAACAGACUGUGAAGUGGAUUUUGCCCCACCUCUGGAUUAUAAAGAACCUGAAAAACCAACAUCAUUUCCUCGAUCAAAGAAGACACCUCCUGAAGGUAUAGAAGAACCAGCUGCAAAGAUGCCAAAGUUCAGUGCAUUUACUGGUUCAGCAAGGCGCUUGGAUGGCAAACCACUAAUGCAACCAGCUACAUCCACUAUCUGUCCUGCGUUGAAACAACGUCAACAAGAGGCUGAGAAAAAUGGCUCCAAGUUAUCAAGCUCCUUAUCACAUCAGCAGUCUGGAAAGCUGGUAUUUGGUUCAAUCCCAACCCAACCCCAAAGUGAGACACCAAAGGUUUCUCCAAAGAAAAGAACUCAGGAGCCUCCCCAGAAGGUGGAAGAACCAAAGUUCAAAGCUUUCACGGGGAAGAAGUAUUCACUAAAAGGCUGA